UACCAAAACAGCCACAAACGGGCAUCAACUGACGAGAAGAUAAGAGAAGUAAGAGGGCAAAACAGAAGGCAUGCAUUGUUGGAGUUUGAUAUCGUUCAAGUGCGUGUUUCCCCAAAUCUGGUGUUCCUCCGCUACCAUUCCUUCCUUCCCUUACCCAAGUUCAUGUUCGUGCUCAACUCCUACAUUCAGUGCCGGAUCUCCUAUUUUCUUUCACCCAAAAGUAAAAGCUCGUGCUGUCCCGGAACCAACCGGCUCUGCGUCGACCGCACAAGAUGAACAAGAGGAUUUUCAAGUUUUAACAGCCAUUAAGAGCGAAUACAACGAUAUAUUAAUCCUCGACACCCCAAAAUCUCGAUUACUGCUCCUGGAUUCCACUCAUAAUGUACAUAGCAUUUUUAAUAAGGAAGAGAAACGGACUGGUUCAUAUUGGGAUGAGUUUGCUAGUUUGCCAGCUAUUGUACCAGAGGGUCCCAUUGCAAUCUUUGGUUUGGGUGGUGGAACAGCUGCACAUCUGCUGCUUGACUUGUGGCCUUCGUUGAAGCUUGAGGGGUGGGAGAUUGAUGAGAUUUUGAUUCAUAAAUCAAGAGAAUACCUUGGCCUUUCCGAUCUUGAGAAACAUAAUCAAGCUGGUGGCAUUCUUCAUGUUCAUGUUGGCGAUGCCCUUUCUCCAUUAGUUAAUGUUCCUGGAGGAUUUGCUGGUAUAAUUAUUGACUUGUUUUCAGAGGGAAAGGUUUUGCCACAGUUACAACAGUAUGGAACUUGGUUGAUUUUGAAAGACAAACUGAUGGCAAAUGGGCGGCUCAUGGUGAAUUGUGGUGGUGCUGAUUAUAAUAGUGCUCAAAUUUCAUCAAUCAAUGGUGUCUGGGUAAAAAAUUCCACACUCAAGGCAUUAUGCAGAGCAUUUCCUGGACAAUUAAGUUGGAAGAAAAUGUCCGAAAGAGAAGGUGAAAAUUAUCUUGCACUUACCGGGCCUUUCCCAGAUUUGAAAUCAUGGUCUGCUACUGUGCCAGGUUGGCUGAGCUCAAAUGUGGAGCAAUGGAGGCCUUGCGGGCCUUUUCCAUGAAAAAUAGUAUGGUCUUGCUUGUCAACUCUUCACACUAACAAAUGAUUUCUUGAGAUAGAGCUUCAAGCAUUUGGCUGCACUAAAGUGUUUAAGAACAGAGAUAAAGUUGCAUCUUCUGUGGUCUAACUCGACAUUCUUUACAUUCUUCAAUCAACUGUUGUAUUCAGUAAAGAGAUGUAGAUCAACUGUUGAAGAUAACCUGUAGCCCUUUGGAAUAGGCUAUAGUUCAUUUGAAGUUUAGCUCCAUGCCUAAGCCAAUCUUGUUAUUUAUCUCUUCUGUUAAUGCUCUGAAUUCAUAGAAUUGGAGUUUAAACACUCCAAACCUAGGCAACUCUUGACAUAUACGUUACAUUAAUGUGCUCUGUGUGUGUAUUUCAGAGGUACUCCAUUUAUGAUUUGCCCUCUUUUAACUCUCUUUUAUGCUUCUAAAGGAGUGUUCAUUUAUGUAUUUGAGAGGUUCUGCAUUUA